UCAGCCUCACCAUAUCCACUGUCCUGGGUCUCACGAUGCUUCAGGUAUGGAUCGCUACCAGCUUCUUCCUGCAACCAAAGAUGGGCACAGCCAACACGCAGAAGCCCUUGGCUCUCAACAACAGGAAAGCAUUCCACAACUUCAACUACUUUCUGUUCUUCUACAACAUGCUGCUGGGCCUGGGCGCCUGCCUCUCCAGGCUGCUCAUCAGCUGCAUCCUGGGCGCGUGGCUCAUCGCCCGCAUCGACAGGACCAUCAUGCAGAGUGGCUGUGAAGGAGCAGACAUGGGUGAGUGGCCAGCCCCUGAUGGCCAAGCAUCUGGCGAGGGCUGGUCUUCACCUUUGUAGAAGCUGCCUGGAGGGCAGGGGUCAGAGGCCACAGUUCACACUCUUCACUUACAUUCAGAGCUUAUCUUCCCAUGGAGGCUACAAAGCUGAGUAGGAAAAACACACUCAUUCAGAAUGGAGGUCAGGCUAUUAAACCCCUCACACGUGACAGACCUCUGAGGUACCAUGGCGGGCAGUGAAAGGUAGCGGAAUUCUGUCCAAACAGUCAGCAAGUAAUUUACGAAUGCAUGGCCCUCAAAAUUUUGAGAAAGAACACAUCUCAGAAUUACUGGUAUUGUUAGUUGGAAACUUAUUUAGUUAAGAAAAUGGUCUGUUCAGUUGAAAUACUCCAAAAUCAAAGGCAUUUCUGUGUAGCAAAAAUGUUUUUUGUUCUAUUUCUGGGCUGUGUCCAUUCACUCACUCACUCACUCAUCAGUCCAGUGAGUUGUCUCCCCUGCACAACUUUUGACAUUUUUGGGAGCAC